AGUUGAUAAGUUGAGGUGCUUGGAGAAAUCCGGGGUGGAGGGUUUUCAGUUUUGCAGUGACGCAACAAUGAGAAUGCAAAAUAUGUGUCCAGUCCAGUAAAGCAACAGAAUAUUUUUGCUGAACUUGUCUUGGAUUGGGACAGCCUCACAGUUCUCAGAACCAAAAUGCUUCGACCUGAGGUCACAAAGUGAUGGCUGGACAUUCUUUGGCAAAGCAGAGAAUUCAUGGUUCCUUCUAUCACAGUAAAGCAGCCGCCGACCAUCACCACCUCCACCUUUGAUUUUUGAGUAGAAAUCAAACACUUGUUACUGCCUCCAGGUACGCCUGAAACAUGGCCCAUGUCCAGAAAGUGCAGAAGAAGACGAGCUCCAUGUCUCUGACCAUCUCUUCCUCUGCUUCGUCCACCGGGGAGCUCUCCUCCAGCUCAUCUUUGUCUUCCAGUGCACCCGCUUCGAGACACUCCAGCCUGGUGCAGCAGCCUUGCGUUAGCCCCGAGAGGACGGAGAGUCGCAACUCCAAUGAAGAUUUUGGAAACGAAGUUGCUGCAACAUUCGUAAAGUGCCUUCAGGACGUGUACACAUUGAGGAGCCAGUUGGUGGUUUUGGAGUGUCGACUGAGGGGGACACCGCCCCUGCAGGUGACCUGGUAUCGAGAGGACGAGCAAAUUCUGGACUCUGAUGACUUCAGGAUAUUACGCAAAAAGGCCAAUUCUGCAUCAGUUCCAGAGGAGCUUUGUACACUGGUGAUAACUGAAGCCUUUCCAGAAGAUUCUGGUUUAUUUACGUGCAUCGCCCAUAAUUCCUUUGGCACAGACUCAUGCUCUGCCAUGUUGGAUGUUUACAAUGACCUCGAGGAGCAGCUGGAGAUAGAGGCGAUUCGCCAGCAAGAAGCAGAGUGCUUUAUGGAGUCCAAUGAAGCAGAUGUCCAGCUUGACAGUGCUCCUCUACAUACUUGUGAAGACUUCCCGACUGUGCUGCCUGACCCUUUGAUUGCUCCCCCACCCGCAACGGUCUGGCCUAGCAGCUCCCUGGAAGAUGUCGCAAGUGAUGUUGGGUUUCAAGAGAAUCUGCUGGUCAACCACUCCUCGGAAGAUCACUUCAGUCAGGACCAGUGCUCAGAGGUCCAGAGGUCCCCAGAGGUCACGGUCUAUCCGCCCAGCCCUCAUCCUCCAUCUUCGCCGCUACCACCUGCACAAGUCGAAGGAAAACACCCAACACCCAAGUUGUUCACGCCAAGCAAGCUCCUUUUCAAUUCCUCCCCGUUAGGAGGCAACACUAUGAACCUGUCAGACCUGCCUACCUUUAAGCCCGGUGCCUUCCCUCCCAGUGCUUUCAACUAUGCACGGCCAAGACACUUUAUUCAGUCGCAAUCUGCCUUCCAGGUACCCAGCUACGAAAGUGUGAUAAGGGAGGCUCAGGAGAACCAGAAUAAUUGCCAGGAAAACCUGACGUGUUCCAAGCAUAGUUUAAGUGUCCCUGAAGCGCAUAGUCAAACUACAAGGAUGUCUUCACAUAGCCAGUCAUUGUCAAAGUCCUUGUCUCAGUCUCAGUCACAGUUUCAGUCACUGAGCUUUACUCCAAAUCAGACACAGCCUAAUGGGACAAGCAAGUCUUCACCAUCCUCAUCCAGUCUGAGCUCACCCACUUCCACUUCCUCUGCCGCUCCUCCUCACUCCUUUGUUGCCCCUUCUUCCUCGCGCGUGACCAUGCGCUCCAGCAUAACCCUCACCCCUAGCAUCCCAAGUGCAAGUGGUCUUGGCAGUGCCACUCUGCCAGCCAAUCAAAACACCAUGUCUGCUCCUGCUGCCUACCUCUGUUCUGUGUUGCCCUCACAGUCCUCUUUCUCCUCGUACUCCAAACUGUCCCCCAACUCCACCCCCUGUUCAUCCACCUCCCCAUCCCGCUCCCCGCGAGCCCCUUCAAGCCCUCACCUCCCCGUAAAAGAAGCCGCUCCCUCUUCCGCUCCUCAGCAGCCUCCUCUGUUGUCGCCUUCCUGCCCUUACUCCAACCUCUCUCCCACCACCUCCUUGCUGCCUCAGCCCAAUACACCCAACAGUCCCAACAGAGAGUCGCCUGCUGUGGUCUGUCUGCCCGCCAACUACAAGGGGACGCCGAGCACUCUUCCUAAGCCUGUUCCCAAGAAAGCUGUAGCUUCUCGGCCGUCUUCCUCUCGCUCCACAGAUGAAGAGAUCCAGGGGUCCAAAGAUGCUCUCAUCCAGGAUCUGGAAAAGAAGCUACGGUCAAAAGAAGUGAAGAGAAGAAAUAGCCAGAAACUUUCUUAUGAGGAGCGCAUGGCUCGAAGGCUGCUGGGCCCAGACAAUGCCAACUCCGUGUUUGACCAAGACAGUCUUUCAGACUCGCAACUUGACCAGCCAGAUUCACCAGAAGGAAGACACACUGGUGGGCUAUGGGGGAAGCACCACUGUGGGACAGAUGAACGAGGGAAUGAGGGAUCAGCUAUCCAGGAGAAAUGUUACGCCCCUCGCUUCAUGCAGGUCCCUCAAGACCUCACUGUGGAGGAGGGCCGCUUCUGCAGAAUUGACUUCAAGGUUGGAGGACUCCCUACACCAGAUAUCUGCUGGUAUUUGGAUGGGAAAGCCAUACGUCCAGACGACUACCACAAGAUGCUGGUUUGCGAGAAAGGGAUGCACUCAUUCAUCAUAGAGAUUGUCACGGUGCACCAUGCUGGCGUGUACGAGUGUGUUGCCAGGAACCGAGCAGGAGAAAGCAGAUUUACCCUGAGGCUUGAUGUCAUAGCCCAGGAAGCUCUCCGCCCACCCACCUUUGUUCAAAAGAUGUCAAACUUCAGAGCUCUUGAAGGCGACACCGUGAGGUUAGAGUGCAAAGUGGAUGCGUCACCUCCCCCUCAACUCUUUUGGAAGAAAGAUAAAGAAAUGCUACGCAUAGAUCCAACAAAAAUGAGCCUGUACCAAGACGGCUCUGGCAGGCAGUGCUUGUUGAUAGACAGGGUGUCCAAGUCCGACGCGGGGUGGUACACGCUCUCGGCUAUCAAUGAGGCUGGCAUGUCGACAUGCAACGCCAGACUGGAUAUAAGCUGCCGAGCAGUCCAACCCAUGAAGACGGCCCCUCCUGGCUCCAAGGCGUUGAAAGUGCUGUCCUCUCUGAGCCACGUGCCGGCAGUGACAGUAGAUCCCCACGCCCAGCACACUGCCCCCCUGUAUGAGAGCGAGGAACUGUAGAUGCUUCCAAAACAUACGUACAUACAUACACACACUCACGCAUGCACGCACAUACACACACCCACAUACACACGCACAACUCAGAACUGUCAAACCACUCGCGCAGUAUUUUAGAAACGUAUGUUACCGAAGUAAACCAAAGAUUGUUUAGCUAACAUGCGUGCUCGUCCUCACUCCGCUGACUCUUUAAAAUCUUCAGUCUUUAUGUUGUCCAUGACUGCAUUUACUGUUUCAGGCAACAGAGGUAAUGUUGGAAAGAAGCAUGUAAUCUGCCGCGCUAGCUGUCAUGGCAUCUCUCAGUAAGGUGCGUUGAGGUCGGUCACUUACUGAGUGUAUUAAUAGUUGUGUAGUGACAAUUGCCUCAUUUGUCCUAGUAGCUCAACAAACACACAGUGUACCCGGAAACCCGGCCUCAUAAGUCAGCAUCGUAUCAUGAAGUACAUAUUGCAUGGAAUGUCUUGAAACGUUGACGUCAGUCCUUUGUCAAGCUUAAAGAUAGCCUCUGUCAGAAAUGUGAACUUUGGACUCACUCACUACAGUAGCUACCCUCAGUUCAACAUCAAUGGAAGAGAAUACAGUACUGCACUUUAGUCCUCCCACCAGUCUUGUGACUGACUCAACCCCCUGUUGCACGCACCACCAUCCAACAUACAGUAUUGUUUGUUUUUAAAGUUGAGUGCUAAUAUGGAGUGCAUGUGAAUGACUUCAUUUUAAGAUAUUAAUUAUCUAUGUUGCAUCUAUUGCCCUGCUAUCAAACAUUGUGAUAUUCAUUCUCAUUGAGUCAACAUGGGUAACUUGAGCUAACAAUUAGACCUUCCCUAUUUGGAAGCUCAAAAGGCCAUAUGCCCAACACCUUUUUAAUAAAGUGGAGGUCAAUUUCCCAUUACAAUAAGAAAUGUCUCUAUAUAACUCUUGAUUUGAAUCCUGUAUGUUUUGCAUUUGAACAGCAAUUAAUGAAAUGUUAGGCUGCAAGGUAUUCUCUUCAAACCCUGUUUGUUGUGUCAGUUGUUUAAGCAUACUAAUGGAAGAAUGUGGAAUAAACACAAUAUCAAUUCGG